AUGAGAGGAUUGAGCUCAGUCAUAGAGCGCUUUGCCUCUGCUUAUGCUUUGUCCCGCGCUUCGACAACGCAUUGUCAGGUCAUCAAAGUUGGAACACUUUCCGAUAUCUAUACGGCCAACAACCUUUUGAACCGUUACGUGCGUUGUCGCUCUUGUGGUCUUGAUGUUGCUUGCAAACUGUUCGAGGAAAUGCCCCAAAGAGAUGCUGUUACUUGGAACACUAUGAUUACUGGGUACGUGAAUUCUGGGAACUUGAAAACUGCUUGGGAGGUUCAAAUUUAUAAGGGGAGAUGUGGGUUCUAUGCAGACUUGUACAACUUUGGCAGUCUACUAAAGGGUGUUGCUCUUGCUGGCUGGAUUGAAGCUGGAGAGCAACUGCAUUCCCUGAUUGUUAAGAUGGGUUUUGAGGAGAGUGUCUAUGCAGGAAGUGCCCUCCUGGAUAUGUAUGCCAAGUGUGGGAGAGUUGACGAUGCUCUUAUCGUGUUCCAGGACAUGCCUCAGCGCAACUCCGUAUCAUGGAAUGCCAUAAUUUCUGGGUUUGUAAAGCUUGGGGACCGUGGCACUGCAUUUUGGCUGUUUGGUUGCAUGGAGAAGCAAGGCGUGAGCCACGAUGAUGGAUCUUUGUCUCCUCUUCUCACGUUACUUGAUGAUGCAGACUUUUAUAAGUCAACAAUGCAGCUUCACUGUAAGUCCAUAAAAUGUGGGGUGGAAUUUGAGAACACCGUGUGCAAUGCAACAAUCACUGCUUAUUCUGAAUGUGGUUCCUUGGAGGAUGCGGAAAGACUGUUUGAUGGUGCAGUUUUUUCUCAGGAUACAGUCACAUGGAAUUCAAUGCUGGGAGCAUACCUUGCCCAUGACAAAGAGGAGGCUGCAUAUGGACUUUUCAUGGAGAUGCAAGAGCUUGGGUUUGAGCCUGACAUAUAUACUUAUACCAGCAUUUUAAGUGCUUGUUCUGAACGAACACUUCAUCUUGGAAAAUCUCUCUAUGGAUUGGUGAUUAAGAAAGGGCUCCAACAUUCUGUGCCUAUCUGCAAUGCAGUAAUGGCCAUGUACAUCAGUUGCAAUGAUAAACUAAUGCAGGAUGCAUUGGCUGUAUUCCAAUCUAUGGAAUCCAAGGAUCGGGUCUCUUGGAACUCCAUUUUAACUGGAUUUUCACAAAGCGGGCUAAGUGAGGACGCCUUGAAAUUCUUUAAGCAUAUGAGAUCCUUGCUGGACACUGAUCAUUAUUCUUUCUCAGCUGCCCUUAGGUCUUGCUCGGAUCUAGCCACUCUGCAAUUAGGGCAACAGAUUCAUGCUUUGACAGUCAAAUCAGGUUUGCAGUCAAACAAUUUCGUUGCUAGUGCAUUAAUUUUUAUGUAUUCUAAAUGUGGAAUGCUAGAAGAUGCUAAAAAAUCUUUUGAUGAGACCACGAAAGACGUAUCAAUCACCUGGAACUCAAUAUUGUUUGCAUAUGCUCAACAUGGCCAGGCUAAUGUCGCUCUAGACCUCUUCUCUGAGAUGAGAGAGAGAAAAGUGAAGUUGGAUCAUAUAUCAUUUGUUGCAGUCCUGACUGCAUGCAGCCACAUUGGAUUAGUAGACCAAGGCCGUCAUUUCCUAAAAACCAUGGCAUCGGACUAUGGGAUUCCACUUCGGAUGGAGCACUAUGCCUGUGCAAUAGAUCUCUUAGGCCGAGCUGGACAUCUAAAUGAGGCAAAGCUGUUAAUUGAAUCAAUGCCUCACAAACCAGAUGCAAUGGUGUGGAAAACUCUGCUGGCUGCUUGCAGAGCUUGUGGUGAUCUGGACCUAGCUACGCAAGUGGCGAGCCAUCUGCUUGAACUGGAACCAGGUGAGCAUUGUAGUUAUGUCAUUUUGUCAAACAUGUAUGCACGUCUUGGGAAGUGGGAUAAGAAAGCCAGUCUAACGAGGCUAAUGAAGGAACGGAAAGUGAAGAAGGUUCCUGGUUGGAGUUGGAUUGAGGUUAACAAUGAGGUUCAUUCUUUCAUCGCUGAUGAUCGGUCUAGUACACAUUGUCAGGAGAUAUACAGGAAAUUGAAUGAACUUAUGGAAGAAAUGAAGUGGUUGGAAUCUGUUGUUGGUACUACUUUCGAUUGGUCACCUGAUGCGUUGAUGGAGAUCUACAACGAGUAA